AUGUCGUCGAGCAGGUUCUCGCCGGUGCUGCAGGCGUCCGAUCUCAACGACUUCAUCGCCCCAUCGCAGAACUGCAUCGUCUCCCUCAAUAAGAACACCUCCCCCUCCCGCCGCCUCCAGAACAAGCAGAAAGAAACUACAGUGAGCUCAAAACCUCCAGAGGAAGCAGUCAAGAUUUCACUAAAAGACUGUCUGGCAUGCAGUGGUUGUAUAACAUCCGCAGAGACAGUUAUGCUGGAGAAGCAAAGCUUGGGUGACUUCAUUGAUCGCAUAAACUCUGAUAAAGCUGUUAUUGUAUCUGUAUCUCCCCAGUCAAGAGCAUCACUAGCUGCAUUCUUCGGUCUUUCUCAGUCACAGGUUCUCAGAAAACUGACUGCUUUGUUCAAGUCGAUUGGCGUAAAGGCCGUUUUUGACACAAGCUCGAGUCGAGAUCUCUCUCUUAUUGAAGCAUGCAAUGAAUUUGUUUCACGUUAUCAGAAAAAUCAAUCAUCUAGUGGCCAAGAAGCUGGAGCCAAUCUUCCAAUGAUUUCAUCUGCAUGCCCGGGUUGGAUAUGCUAUGCUGAAAAGACUCUUGGUUCAUACAUCCUACCAUACAUAUCAUCUGUAAAGAGCCCGCAACAGGCAAUUGGUGCAGCCAUUAAGCACCAUGUGGUUGAGAAACUUGGUCUAAAGCCGUAUGAUGUAUAUCAUGUCACUGUGAUGCCCUGCUACGACAAGAAGCUAGAGGCUGUCCGGGAUGAUUUCACUUUCUCAGUAGACGGUAAAGAAGUCACAGAGGUGGAUUCAGUACUGACAACUGGUGAAGUAUUAGACUUGAUACAGUCCAAAUCUAUUGAUUUCAAGACACUAGAGGAAUCUUCAUUGGACAGACUGUUGACAAAUGUUGAUGACGAAGGCCAUCUAUAUGGGGUUUCUGGAGGUUCUGGAGGCUAUGCAGAAACGGUCUUUCGCUAUGCAGCACAUGUCAUCUACAAGAGAGAAAUAGAGGGUCCUCUUGACUUUAGAAUCUUGCGAAAUUCAGAUUUUCGUGAAAUUACAUUGGAGGUGGAGGGCAAACCUGUUUUGAAGUUUGCACUUUGUUAUGGAUUCAGGAACCUGCAGAAUGUUGUUAGGAAGAUUAAGAUGGGAAAAUGUGAAUACCACUUUAUCGAAGUUAUGGCGUGCCCUUCAGGUUGUCUGAACGGGGGAGGUCAAUUAAAGCCUGUUCAAGGCCAAUCUGCCAAGGAACUUAUCCAGCAAUUGGAGACUGUGUACACACAAGAUAUAUCAAUAUCCGAUCCUUUAAGUAACCCUAUCGCGAAAAAACUAUAUGACGAAUGGCUGGGGCAACCUGGUUCAGAGAAUGCAACGAAGUAUUUGCACACAGAAUAUCACCCAGUGGUGAAGAGUGUGGCCUCACAGUUACAGAACUGGUGA